CCAAUUGCGCUCAGCGGUACCCCAGCUGCCCGCCCCGCCGGUUUCCUGUACAGCCACGUUCUGUUUGCUUUGAGCUAAGAUGGAGCUCCUUAGCAUUCUGAUUCCCCUGCUCCAGUUCUCGCUGGCUGUGGCCGUCCUGGCGCAGUCCGCGGUUGCGCUGUCCGUCCUGGAGGGCGGCAUGCUUACUCUGGUGAUGGCGCUCUGCGUUUGCGCUGUGUCCAAGUGCCCUGGGCAUGAGGAUUCUGACUGCGAGGACCGACUUGUCUCCGAGGAUGACCGGCCCUCAAGCCCGGCGUCUUCUAUCGGCGACAAGAUGGACAUGCACAUCGCCGACCGCGACGGCGUUCCGCCUGCUGCUGACAACGAGCCCAAGCCCAAACUGCUGUGCGCUGCUGAGACUCCUCUGGGCUCGCUGGCUGAUGGCUCCCUGAAGCCUGCUGUCACCGCCCUGACCUGCGACACCAACCUCACCUGCCCGAAGCCCGACGCCCUCGACGGUUCCGACACCGACGCCCUCGACUUCACCAUUUGCUCCUGCCUGCACGCGAGCGGCUGCCCCCUGGUCAUCAUCGACCACUCCGCCGACGAGAUUGCCGCGUACAAGCCCGCUGGCUCUGGCGCAUACCGCCUGAUGUUCCAGACAUUCACGAAGCACUGGGCCGGCGUGCAGCAGGCCUGGGACACCAUUCAGGCUCUGAAGGCUCGGGCCACGGACCGCCUACAGCAGGCACUGAGCUGUCGUUUCGACAUGACCCAGAUUGGAUCUGAUCUGGUGCUCGAGUACCUGGCUCAGACGGUGUGCGAGCUUGAGACCCAGGCUGUGUGGGACCUGCAGGAGGCCGGCCAGUGGGAGGUGGAAUGGCAGGUCCGCCUGCAGGCCAUGCAGCUGGCGGUGCGUGAGGCAAAGGCCGUGGCCGAGCACGGCUGGCUGGAGAGUGUGGUCUCCGUGCCUGGCUUCGUGGUGUGAAGGCCCUGUGCGGCCGGCCGUCGAGGCGAUGCUGAUCUAUCAAAAAAUCGGUGUUUUUCAACACCACCCUAAUCUGGCAUCCUGCUUCUGAGCUCGGGGUUGGGUGGGAACAGGCACCGGUCUGCAAUCCGUGCAGGCGGGAAGCAAUGACGUACGGUACGGUACAGGAAAGGUCAAUCGACAGUAGCCAUGAUUUUUGCUGGCUGCUGCUUGAUGAGGCGAGUGCCAGGGUGCGUGUGUUGUGUCAGUGAGCAGUGCCAAUGCUGCUGUAGCCUGCUGCAUGGGGUGUGGCGGAGCCCCUGGGGCCCGUGAGGGCGUGAGGCACCCUGGGACCCAGGGGAGGCGCUGGGGGGUCCGAACACCUUUUGGCCGGGUGCCAUGCAGCCCGGGCUGAAUCCAGGCCGAGUUGCAUACCCCCCUCCCCUGCUGGGACCCGUGGACUCGCUCCUAGAGACACGUGGAAGGGGCAGAGCUGAGGCCUGAGGGGAGUACUCCACGCCUGUGGCAUAAUGGCCACGCUGCGACAGUGCGACUGUGUGGGAGUCCUAGGCUUGGUGAGCUUGGUGAUCAAGGCAACUAACGAGGACAUUGCUGAGCGGCCGUCUUGCUCCUCUGUUGCCACUUGGCCGGGACCCAGGUAGGCAGGUACCCCAACAUGACGCAUAUGCGUGGUUUUGUGCGAGGCAGGGAGUAAGCAACUUGACCGUGGUUUGUGCUGCCAUGCUGGCUGGCAGGUUGGGAAUGGUAAUCCCUUA